UUGACCGUGUUCCUUUUUGCCCGGGCCGCGUGUCCCGCGUGCCAUGCACCGCUCGGAGUCGCAGAACACCUACGACUGGCUGUCCACCUGGGGCCCCGAGUCGCGGAGGGCCUCUGACUCCAUGCGCUCUGAUCGAGGGGACUGGCGGGCAACGCCAGGCCGAGAUAGCUCCUCCGUCCCAACGGACUACAGCGACUACAGCGAUGACCACUACGUGGCGGCGAAUGUCAAGAUCGCAUCUCACCCAGGACACUACAUGAACCACGAGGCUUGCCACCUCAUCAAUGCCGGGUCCAUGGAAUAUUGGGCCUCCUUGCCUGGGCAGACCCGGGACCAGGCCUUUGUCUUUGAGUUCGAGCAGGGCCAUGUCUUGGCUGCUGUGGAGUGGAAGGACCGAGGCGACGGCAUGGGCGUCCAGCGCCUUGCCUUGGAGGCCAAAGUCAACGGUGAAUGGCAAAAGCUGUCCACCUGGACUGCCUCAAGGAAGCCUGACUGGCAGGUGCACAAGAUGACCAUGUCCAUCAGGAGCAGCCUUUGGAGACUUACGUUCCACAGCAACCACGGGGAUGAGAAUCAUCUCGUGGUGCAGGCCGUGAGGUUUGUCACCAAGAUACAGAAGACAGAGCCUGCUCACAACGUGGGCUACCCGCAGAAGAUCACCCGGCAAAUUUGGGGUGACCGGAGAUUCACAGACGUGGAGGUGAUUUGUGGGGGGAAGACCUUCCCAGUGCAUCGCGCGGUCUUGGCGGCCGCCUCCACCGUCUUCGCGGCGAUGCUGGAUACGGAGAUGAAGGAAAGCCAGGCGAGAGAAAUCAUCAUUUCCGACUCUGAUGAAGAAUCUGUUCAGCACAUGCUGGAGUACAUCUACACAGGCUGCGUGGCGGAGAGGGCUGGCUGCGGGAUGAUCGUGCUGGGCCACAAGUACGACAUCCCCGGCUUGGUGGAGUACGCCUCCCCGGUGGCGCUGGGGAACAUCACUCCCGACAACUGCGUGGCCCAGGUGCGCAUCCUGCGAGCCUACGUGGACGAUGAGCGACUCGGCCCCGUGUUUGAGGCGCUGCUGAACAAGAUCCACGAGAGCCCCAAGAUCUUCAAGUCCAUGAUGCUGGGCAUUUGAGGCCACAUCCUGAGACGUGUACAGGCGAUGCAGCUGAAGCGGCUGAAGCGAUCAACAUUUUUUGUCACCACACCGUUGACGGGGGGC